ACUCCACAGGGCUUUUGAGAAUCGGAGGUCGCCUCCAAUCUGCCUUAUUACCUCCUAACGCUAAACACCCACUAAUACUGCCAAAAGAAUCCGCAUUAACCACGCUUAUAAUUUCAGACGCCCAUUCACGUACCCUGCACGGAGGAACGCAGACUACAGUAGCGUUCCUUCGUAAUGAUUAUUGGAUCAUCGGAGGAAGAAGUCCUGUCAGAGCUUUUAUUCUUCGAUGCGUCCUGUGCGCUCGAUUUAGACAAAAGAGGGCUCAACAGUUAAUGGGUCAGUUACCAUUAGAGAGAGUAACACCGUCUCGCCCGUUUCUACAUUCCGGUGUUGAUUAUGCCGGUCCGUUUAGUCUGAAAACCUGGAGAGGAAAAAAUGCCCGAACAUACAAGGGCUAUCUCGUUCUGUUCGUCUGUUUUUCGACCUCGGCUGUACACCUUGAACUGGUUACAGAUUAUACAACUGACGCAUUCAUAGCGGCGUAUAAGCGAUUCACUGCGAGACGCGGUAUAUGUGCUACUUUAAUAAGCGAUUGUGGGACCAAUCUGAAAGGCGCAGAUCAAGAACUUCAAAGAUUGUUUUCAGCAUCAUCAACAGAAUCAAGAGAGAUAGCCACACUUUUAGCUAACGAUGGAACUCACUGGAAAUUUAACCCACCGGCUGCCCUUCAUUUUGGAGGAAAAUGGGAGGCUGGAGUAAAAUCUGUAAAAUAUCAUCUCAGACGAGUCGUGGGAGAUACUUCUCUUACAUACGAAGAAAUGACCACCAUUUUCACACAAAUCGAAGCCAUUCUAAACUCGAGGCCGCUGUGUCCACUUACAGAUGAUCCAGAUGAUAUUCAAGCUUUGACUCCGGGUCACUUCCUAAUAGGAUGUGCACCCACUAUUAUUCCAGAACCCUCUCUAGAAUCAGUCAAAUCUUCACGCCUAUCUCGGUGGCAGUUAACCCGCCAGAUGUUAGAUUCGUUUUGGGCCAGAUG